AUGGCUGUGACUCGCUCAGUGCUGCUGCUCACAGUUGUGAGCUGCUGCUCUGCGCUGGCAGAACCCCAGAUGCAGAACAUCUCAAGCAAAUGCAUGAGAGACACAAACUCAUUUCUCUGGGACCUGAACCAGGACAAUCCAAAGGAAUACGCUGUCGUCAUGUAUGAUUCUUACGGGAAGAUGGGAAGCAACUUGGUCGGAGGCAACAUGAACCAACCUGGCUUGAUGUCGGAGUGUCGCUCUGCUCACACUCCUUCCUUCUCUGGACAAUACUGCAAGGUCUCUCUCACUCAGGGAAAGGUUUUCUAUUUUGUGGGUAUUUGUGUUCCUGACUCUUGCGAAGAUACAGAUGCACACAUGCUGGUGCUUGAAGGAAGACUGAAGUUCAGAGAGAUCUCCCUCAUUCCGCCUUUACCAUCUGUACUCAUCAAUGAUUCUACGCAGCAUGUGGUGGGGACACAUUGUUUGUCCAAAACUGUUCAGCCUGAUGCAUCAGGAAUCGCUUGUCUGGUCCUUUGUUGUGUUUUGGUAACACUUCCUCUUGCUGCUACCCUCAUCACAGCUGUGAAGAAUGAACAACUGAGGAGGAAAGUCCCUGCUGCUUUGGAACCUCUCCCUUUGGUUGAGGGACAACCAGUUGGAGAUUUAAAGAUUAACAAUACCUCAAAUUGUGGAAAAGAUCAUUGCAGUUUAAAAGAAGCCAACCAAACCAAUGCAAGUCAGCAGGAUACUCUCAGUCAUUGCUUGCAGCAGUUUCUUCAGGCCUUCUCCCUGCAGUCAACAACACAGGGAAUCUUUAGCACUCCGGCCUCUGUCAAGGCCUCCUAUCCUUCCUUGAACGGCAUUCGAGCACUUAGCCUUUUAUGGAUCAUUUCAGGACAUGCUUUACGGUUCAUUGAAACAAGCCUUGUGGAUAACAGAAGCACCUUGCAAGCAUCUGAGAAAACAAGUCCCCUGCAUGUGUUUACUGACAGCGGGGGUGUAUACCUGGCCGUGGACUCAUUUUUGCUACUCGGAGGUUUGCUCAGCGCCAAAAGUCUCCUAAACUCAAUCCAGAGGAAUGAUGACACCAUGAGCCCCAGUCUUGUGGCAGAUUACUACUUCAAGAGGAUCAGAAGGAUACAGCCCCUGCACAUGUUUGUUCUUCUACUCUAUGUAGGCUUCACCUCUGUGUUCAGUGGAGGACCUUAUGGGGAUGUAUUACAACACCAAUGUGGCAAAUACUGGUGGACAAACCUGCUGUUGAUUAACAAUCUAUUUACAAUCCGAUUAUCAUGCCUACCUUGGACAUGGUACCUCUCACUGGACAUGCAGUGCUAUGUUACAACGCCUCUGCUGAUUCUUGCUCACAGAAAGAACAAAGUUGUAUUUGUUAUCUUAAUGAUUUUCUUACUGAUGAUGACUGUUUUGAGUGGAUUUUUCAUCAUAGCAAAUGCAAGAUCAACGGAUGAUUUCUUAUUUUUCUACUACUAUGAUAAACCGUACUCCAGAUGUGGACCCUUUGUGAUAGGAAUCCUGUUCGGAAUGUACUUGAAACUACGGAAGGAAAGCCUUUUAAAGAAAAAGUGGCAAGUGGCUCUUGGAUGGAUGAGCUCGUUGUCAGUCCUGGCGCUGGUGGUGGGAGUAGGCUUUUCCUUUUAUCUUGAUCCAGACCGUUCAGCAACAGGCCCGGCCUUUUACCAUGGACUACACAGAAUAUUGUGGGUGACGGCUCUCAGCUGGGUCAUACUGGCCUGCGAGGAGGGCUAUGGAGAGGGAGUGAAACCAGACAAGGAGAAAGUCAGAGCAAUACAAGAAAUGCCUGAACCAGAAGACAAGGCAGGUCUGCUGUGGUUUUUAGGCAUGCUACAGUAUUUGGCAAAGUUUGUCCCAAACCUCUCUGAUGUGAGUGCGCCACUCCGGAAACGUCUGGAAGGUGACGUAGCAUGGCACUGGGAGACUGAGCAGCAGAAAAGUUUUAAAAAGCUGAAGUUGCUUGUGAGUGAAGCUCCGGUGCUCAGGUACUUUGAUGUGAAAAAGGAUAUCACGUUGUCUGUGGACGCAAGCUCAGAAGGCCUUGGAGCAGUUUUAAUCCAGGAUGAACAGCCGGUGGCCUACGGUUCAUGA